AUGGCGCAUCCGACUAUUAAGAUCGACACCAGCGUCCAGGCGACCAAGCGCGGGCUACCCGAGAAUGACGACGCGGGCCUCGAUAUACUCGGUGCGAAUCAGGACAACCCCAAGCUGGAAGCUGGAAAUACCGAGGAUGUUCCACCGUUUCUAUGUCAAUCUGUCUCGGAGAUCCAUGACAAGUUUGAAGAUCUGGAAUGGAUACAGACCUCACGUUUCACCGAGGGUACACUGUCCAAUGAUGUCUUGCAUCCUUGGGCUAUAGAGGCAGACCCGAAGGUGAAAGAGAGGAACCGGUAUAUUAAUGUCCAGGCCUGGGCAAAUUGUCGGAUCCAUCUGCGGGUGGCCGAGGGCGAGUGUGAUUUUAUCAACGCGUCUCCGAUCAUCCUGGAAGACACGGUGACACGAGAAAGAAGGAAAUACAUAGCGACCCAGGGCCCCAAACUUGGACAUCUCGCGGCCUUCUGGCACAUGGUCUUCCAUGAAAGCCAGGAUGUCGGCGUUAUUGUGAUGCUUACUCAAACUUUUGAGGCCGGCCGGGAAAAGUGCGCUCAAUACUUCCCAUUGGAUACGGAGCAGGCUUCGAUGGUACUAUUGGCGGAUGAGUCGGACGUUCUCUUCGAUGAGAGUGAGCAGACAGAACCCGGUAUCUUGGGUAAGGUUACCUUGUUAGAAUCAACCUUCGACGCUAAAUCACGAUCUGAAAUCCGUAAACUCGAAUUGGCCAUCGGUUCGGAGUCAAAGAUUGUCUGGCAUUUCCUUUUCGCUGGCUGGGCCGAUUACUCCAAACCCGAAGGCAGUGAUCGCCAAGCCCUUCUUAACUUGAUCAAGUUGUCAGCCUCAAAAUCGGGCCCGGAUAACCCGCGAAUCGUGCAUUGCAGCGCAGGAGUUGGUCGGACUGGAACUUUUAUCGCGCUUGACCAUUUGCUGUGCGAGUUAGAGGCAGGGCAUCUGUUGGAUAUGGAACAUCCAGAUGCCGACCCUGUUUUCGACACUGUCGAUCAGAUGCGGCAGCAGCGGAUGAUGAUGGUCUACAACGAGAUGCAGAUGCAGUUUAUCUACGAAGUCCUCCGAGAACAAACAGAUCGGAAGCUGGGCAAGAUUACAGACUGGAACACAGAAUCACCCGACGGCAGCGAAGAACGGUCUGCGAAAAUGGCCAAGCUCAAUGACCAGACAGAUUACCUGCCAACCUCCAAGCCGGAGUUGGAAGCUGUCCAUACUCAUACGCCGACCAGAAGUCGGUCCGCCACACCGGAGCUUUCUGAUCCCGAUAAUUAA